GUAAACCCUCCCAACCCUCUUAGCUUCUGGUUGAAUUCGAUCUUUUGUUCUCUUCCUUGGUCUUUAGCAAGCAUCUCUUCCUCUCAAACCAAUGGAAACUUCCAUCAUCACCUCCUCACUGCACCGCUCUUCACCAUUUCCGGCCAAGCCACGCGGACGCACCGCUCCUUCCCUUAGGAGGAAGGGAAAGGCCGUCCGAUUUGCCCACAAGAGGGACACCUACGGUUCCGAUUUCGGAGGCGGGCUCGUCGACGAGAACAUGAUCGUGCUCCGAAAGAGGAUCCAUGAGAUGAAGAUGGCGGAGACGAACUACGAGCCACCGUCCGAUUGGAUGGAGUGGGAGAAGCGGUACUACACGAGCUACGACUCCGACGUGUGCGAGGUGUUGGGUCUGUUGCAGGCGCUUUUGAUGAACACCAGGCCCAGCUUGGCCAUUGGGAUGAUGGUACUUGUUAUGUUGAGUGUACCCGCAUCGGCGAUCUUGAUUUUGUACCACGUGAUGGAGGCAGUGAGGUCCAUUCUCUCAUGAUUGGAUCUCAGUUGAUCAAUACUUUGAUGGCGGAGAUUAGUGGAUGUGUAUAAAGAGUAUAAAUUUAUUCAUAGAAUAGACUAUUCUUGUUCAUUUGUUUAUACCUUUACGCCAGCCAGGUCGGAUGGUAUUCCUGUUUUUUAUAUUUAGGAUAUAUUUUAUGUUCAAAGUUGCAGAUUUGAGAUAUGACGAGAAUUUUGGGAACAA